AUGUAUUCAAACGAAGGUGAAAGAGUUAAUUUCGAGAAAACCACGAAGCCUAUUGGAAAUGUGGAAGAAUGGAUGUCAGAAAUUGAGAACCUGAUGCGCUACUCAAUGCACGAUGUCAUCAAAAAGGCUCUUAUCGCCUACAUGAAAACUCCAAGAACGGAAUGGGUUCUACAGUGGCCAGGUCAAGUUGUUAUUGCAGGUUGUCAAACUUAUUGGACCUCUGAAGUGACCGAAUCCCUUAAUAAAUCAACCGACGGCCUCAAAUCUCUCUAUCCAUUGCUUCUUGAUCAACUUAGAGGCCUUCGUGACGUUGUUCGGGGUGAUUUGUCAAAGAUAGCAAGGUUGACACUGUCAGCGUUGAUUGUCAUUGAAGUUCACGCACGAGACGUGGUUGACAAUAUGAUUCGACAGGGAGUCAGUACGGCAAAUGAUUUUGAGUGGAUAAGUCAACUCCGUUAUUACUGGUUUAAUGAUGAAGAUCAGUUGGUAUUAAUGGCGGUAAAUGCAGAAUUCCCUUAUGGUUAUGAGUAUCUUGGAAAUACAACUAGAUUAGUCAUUACGCCAUUGACUGAUCGAUGCUACCUUACACUAACUGGUGCUCUUCAUCUUAACUUCGGAGGUGCCCCAUCAGGACCUGCAGGAACGGGUAAAACUGAGACAACAAAGGACCUCGCAAAGGCUUUUGCUGUUCAAUGUGUCGUUUUUAACUGUUCCGACCAAUUGGACUUCAUGGCUAUGGGUAAAUUCUUCAAGGGAUUGGCUGCGGCUGGCGCUUGGGCUUGCUUCGAUGAGUUUAAUCGAAUUGAUAUCGAAGUCUUAUCUGUAGUCGCCCAGCAAAUAACCACAAUUCAGAAAGCCCAGAUGCAGCGUGUUGAUCGGUUCAUUUUUGAAGGUGUUGAGUUGGCUUUGAAGCCUUCUUGUGCUAUCUUCAUCACCAUGAAUCCUGGUUACGCAGGUCGUACUGAACUUCCAGAUAACUUGAAGGCUCUCUUUAGACCUGUUGCUAUGAUGGUUCCCGAUUAUGCGCAGAUCGCUGAGAUAUCGCUCUUCUCUUUCGGUUUUGCCGAGGCUCGGAUAUUGGCAAAGAAGAUUGUGACAACAUUCAAGUUAUCUUCCGAGCAAUUGAGUAGCCAAGAUCAUUACGAUUUCGGUAUGAGAGCUGUAAAGAGCGUUAUUUCAGCGGCUGGUAACUUGAAGCGUAAUGAGCCUGAUCAAAAUGAGGAGCUCAUUGUCCUUCGAGCGAUUCGUGAUGUAAACCUGCCAAAAUUCUUAGAAGACGAUCUGAAACUCUUCAAUGGCAUAGUUUCAGACUUAUUCCCCAAUAUUCGCCAUCUUGUUGGAAAUGUGAUCGAUUACGAAGACUUAAACGUAGCUUUGAAAACUGCUGCUCGCAAAAUGGGCCUGAAAGAUGAGCCCAAUUUCCUUCAUAAAUGUACUCAGCUAUUUGAAACUACUAUCGUGAGACACGGAUUAAUGAUUCUGGGUCCUACAGGAUCAGGAAAAACCAAGUGCUACGAAAUUCUCAAGGAGGCUUUGAGUUCCCUAAAGAACCAGCCUUCACCAGAUGGAUCAUUCUUCCAGAACGUAGUAACGUACGUACUCAAUCCGAAAUCAGUCACCAUGGGCCAACUUUACGGUGAAUUUGACCUGGUGACUCACGAAUGGACUGAUGGUAUCUUGAGUGUACUGAUUCGGGAAGGAGUUGCGGGUGAUAAUCCCGACAAAAGGUGGUACGUCUUUGACGGUCCUGUGGAUGCUGUGUGGAUUGAGAAUAUGAAUACCGUUUUGGAUGACAACAAGAAACUCUGUUUAAGCAGUGGCGAAAUUAUUAAACUUACAGAGAGUAUGACAAUGAUGUUUGAGGUGGCUGAUUUGGCUGUGGCAUCACCUGCUACUGUCAGUCGUUGUGGAAUGGUCUAUCUGGAGCCUAGUAUCCUUGGUCUGAAUCCUUUCAUUGAAUGCUGGCUUCAGAAUCUACCUGCGCCUGUUUAUCCGCAUAAAGACAAACUGAAAUUACUCUUUGACACUUUCCUUGAAGAUUCCAUUCGAUUUGUCCGAGAAAAUACUGUCGAAAUAAUCAAGAGUACUGAUGGUCAGCUAACUUUCAGUCUUUUGAACCUCUAUUCUUGUUUCCACAACCGGUUCGAGACUAAAGGAGGACUUCAGGCCUCUGCUAAGAAAGCUGAACGAACAAAAAUGAAGCAAAAUCAAAAUCUUAGAGCUGCACUACGACCUCUAGGCAAAGAACCAGUUGACAGUGGAGUCUCCGAAGAGCUUAUUUCAAAAGUUGGAGAAGUCUAUGAAUCGUGGUUCUUCUUCGCUCUGGUUUGGUCUGUCGGUGCGACGUGUACUAAUGAUGGAAGGAAGGCUUUUGAUAUAUUCUUGAGGAAGAAAAUGGAUGAUGCUAAGGUUUAUCGUCCUUUCCCGCCAGAGGGUUCUGUUUACGAUUACUACCUCGACGAAGCUAAUUUACUCUGUGUAGACAAAGCGGAGUUGGACUGUGAUGAACAGAAUGAGAGACAGGUUCAUUGGGAACACUGGAUGAAAAACGUUCCUGCUUACAAGAUUGAUACAACAAUGAAAUAUUCUGACAUUCUGGUCCCCACCCUAGAUAAUGUCCGGCUUAUAAAAAUCAUUGAAAUGCUCCUCAAGAAAGGCCUUCCAAUUUUAGGAAUUGGUCCAACUGGAACUGGAAAGACAGUUUGCAUUGCCGAUAAGCUAACUCGUGGAAUGACCGAGGAGUUUAUCACAGAAUUCAUGGUAUUUAGUGCAAAGACAUCCUCAAAUCAAACUCAAGAUUUCAUUGAGAGUAAGAUGGAUAAACGACGACGUGGUGUUUAUGGUCCACCACCUGGAAAGAAUCUAAUCUUCUUCAUUGACGAUUUGAAUAUGCCAGCUCCAGAUGCUUAUGGCUCUCAACCACCGCUUGAACUUCUACGGCAGUGGAUGGAUUUCCGCGGAUGGUAUGAUAGAAAACAGAUCGGUGCUUUCAAGCAGAUUGUUGAUGUCAACUUUGUUGGAGCCAUGUGCCCACCAGGUGGUGGAAGAAAUCCAAUUUCGCAACGUAUGCUCCGCCACUUCAACUUCUUAAGCUUUAAUGAAAUGGAUGAACAGAGCAUGACAACUGUCUUCUCUACUAUUCUCAACAGUUGGUUUACUCAAGUUCCUGAGGAUUCACCAGUUCACAGCCUUGUAAUCAACGUUGAAUCUUUUGUGCAAGCCUCUAUAGCAGUCUAUAUGACUGUUCAGUCUCAGUUAUUACCGAUUCCUGCUAAAAGUCAUUACACAUUCAAUCUUCGUGAUCUCUCUAAAGUCUUUCAGGGUGUCUGGAUGUUUGAUAUUCAUCACUUAACUGGUCGUCUUAAUGAGUUAUUGCGUUUAUGGUAUCAUGAAUCCUGUAGAGUAUAUCAAGAUCGCUUAGUAGACGAUAACGACAAAAAUUGGUUCAAAAAUUUGUGCAUCAAAACACUAGAGGAGAAAUUCAACGGUAAAUUCGAAGAGAUUGUACCUUCUGAACCACUCCUUUACGGUGAUCUCUUGUCAAAUGAUAUCUCUGAGAACAGAAAGUACAUUGAAAUGAUUGACCAUAAUCAAAUACUUCAAGUCUGUGAAUCGAAUCUGGAGGACUAUAAUCAACUCAACAAUACUCGUAUGGAUUUAGUGCUGUUUAUGGAUGCCAUUAUUCACCUCUGUCGAAUAUCUCGAAUAAUUAGACAACCUAAAGGCAAUGCUCUUCUUCUUGGACUGGGAGGCAGUGGAAGACAGAGUUUAUCUCGACUAGCUGCACAUAUUGCUGAGUUCGAAUGCUAUCAAAUAGAAUUGACAAAGACUUAUAGCAUUCAUGACUGGCAAGAGGAUUUGAGGAAGGUUAUGAUGAUGGCUGGCUUGGAAGACAAACAGGUCCUAUUCUUAUUCUCUGAUACGCAAAUCAAGCAUGAAUCCUUCCUUGAAGAUCUCAACAAUAUCUUAAAUGCUGGUGACGUACCGAAUAUUUAUGCAUUUGAAGAUUUGGAGAACAUCUACAACGCAAUGAAGCCCAUUGUGAUGACUGCAGGAUUAGCUCCAACUAAGAACAACCUCUAUUCGACGUAUGUUAAGCGUGUUAGGCAGAACCUGCAUACUGUGAUAACCAUGAGUCCCCUUGGCGAAGUUUUCCGAGCUCGAUUGCGACAAUUCCCUGCUCUCGUUAGUUGCUGUACCAUCGACUGGUAUUCAGAGUGGCCAGAUGAGGCUUUAGAAGCAGUUGCACUGAGAACUCUCAAAGGAAUGAAGGAACUGCAAAUUGAGGAGAGUUUAAUGAAUGGCAUUGUGAAAGUCUGUCAAAAAAUGCAUCGGUCGGCUGUUUUGUAUACUGCUAACUAUCUGCACGAAAUGGGUCGUUACAAUUAUGUCACUUCAGCCUGUUUCCUGGAAUUACUUAACUCGUUCGCUAGAAUGUAUGGUCUCAAAUUAAUUGAGUUGAAUACUUCGAAGAACCGGACUAAAACCGGUCUAGAUAAACUCCUGUCAACUGAACAAAUUGUAGCCAAAUUACAAGCAGAGCUAGAAGCCAUGCAACCACAGUUGGAAAAGGCCAUCAAGACUUCGAAAGUGACAUUGGAAGAAAUUGAGAGGGAUUCAAAAGUGGCAGAAGAGACUACCGCGAUUGUACAACGUGAAGAGGAAGUAGCUGCCAAGAAGGCUGCAGAAUGUGCAGCUAUUCGAGAUGACGCACAGAGGGACUUAGAUGAAGCCCUUCCUGCAUUAUACGCCUCUUUAGAAGCGGUCAAAUCAUUGAAUAAAAAUGACAUUCUUGAAGUCAGAAGCAUGAUGCGGCCGCCUGAAGGCGUAAGACUUGUCAUGGAAGCAGUGUGCAUAAUGAAAGACGUCAAGCCGAAGAAAGUGCCAGGUGACAAGCCUGGUGUUAAGGUGGAUGAUUACUGGGAGCCGGGAAAAACUCUCCUACAAGAUCCGGGCAAAUUUCUUGAUUCACUCCUUAAUUAUGACAGAGAUAACAUACCUGAUGCCAUUAUAACCAAGAUACAAUCCUACAUUGAAUCAAGUGCUUUUACUCCGCAAUCUAUAUCACGAGUCAGCAAGGCCUGUACUAGUAUCUGUUUAUGGGUUCGAGCUAUGUACAAAUACCAUCAUGUUGCAAAGACGGUAUUACCUAAGAGAGCAGCUAUGCAAGUAGCUGAAGAAGACUUGAAAGAAACUGAAUUAGUUCUUGGAGAAGCUCGUACUCGUUUACAAGCCUGUAAAGAUCGCAUUGAGAGUUUGCAGACAAAGUAUCAGGAGUGCAUGAGAAGACAACAAGAAUUGGAAGACAAGAAAAGCCUUUGUGAAGCCCGUUUGGUUCGAGCUGACAAGUUAAUUGGAGGGUUGAGCAGUGAGAAGGGGCGUUGGCUGGAUACUGUUGAGGAAAUAGAUAGUUUGCUUGCUAAUCUGAUCGGCAAUGUGCUCUGUUCAUCUGGAAUAGUGACAUAUUUAGGACCGUUUAGUGGCGAUUAUAGAACAAGCAUGUAUGAAGAAUGGAUUGAUUGUUUAAAGGAGCAUAGUGUACCACAAACUUCAAAUCCUAAUCUCAUUGAUACAUUUGGAGAUCCGGUCAAGAUUCGAAAUUGGCACAUCUUUGGUCUUCCAAAAGAUAGUUUGUCUAUUGAAAACGCAGUUAUUGUUCAAUUCUCUCGACGUUGGCCCCUUUUUAUCGAUCCACAAGGUCAAGCUAACCGUUGGAUAAAGUCGCUUGAAUCUGAUGAAGGACUUGAGGUUAUAAAAAUGUCUGAAAAAGAUUUCCUCCGAACUCUGGAGAAUGCAAUCAGAUUUGGUAGGCCAGUUCUUAUGGAAAAUGUUGGUGAAGAAAUAGACCCUGUCUUGGACCCGAUCAUACUGAAACAGACCUUAACUCAACAGGGAAUAACCGUAAUCAAGAUUGGUGAUAAUAUUAUUCCCUACCAUCAGGACUUUAGAUUCUAUCUGACUACCAAACUUCCAAAUCCUCAGUAUUCUCCAGAAAUUUCCGCUAGACUUGCUGUUGUGAACUUUACACUGGCUCCUAAGGGUCUUGAAGAUCAACUCCUCAGCUUGGUAGUGGCUGAGGAACGACCUGACUUAGAAGAUGCUAAAGGCCAACUUAUAGUGAGCAAUGCGAAGAUGAAGCAAGAACUGAAAGAAAUCGAGGAUCAUAUUCUAGAGAAGUUAAGUUCAUCUGAAGGAAUGCCAAUAGAUGACUUGGAUCUUAUCUCAACCCUUGAAGCAUCUAAACUCAAAUCAUCAGAAAUUCAAGCAAAAGUUGUUGUUGCGGAACAGACUGAGAGAGAUAUUGAUGAGACUAGAAGUAUGUACAUUCCUGUUGCAAUUCGGGGUAGAAUUCUCUUCUUCUGUGCAGCCUCCAUGCGAGAGAUUGAUCCAAUGUACCAGUAUUCCUUGGAGUGGUUUAUCAAUAUAUUUAUCCAUGGUAUCAGUAAUGCCGAAAAGUCUUCAGUCGUAUCAGAGCGUAUUGAGAACGUUAAUGCUUUCAUUACCUUCUCAUUUUACAAGAAUGUCUGCCGUAGUCUAUUUGAAUGCCAUAAGCUACUGUUUUCAUUCUUGAUAACUGUCAAGAUUCUUGAAGAAGAGAAGCUGAUUAAUUUGGAAGAGUGGCUAUUUCUAUUGCAAGGAGGAUCAAGAAUAAAGCAGGAGAUUCCAAAUCCAGCUCCAGAAUGGAUUUCAAACCGAAUGUGGAGAGACUUGCUUACUCUUGAUGCUCUGCCAAACUUUGAUGGACUUCCUGCCUUCAUUAAGAAGAACUUGAAUCAUUUCAAAGCAAUAUUUGACUCUCCUGAGCCUCAUAGGUUGCCUCUUAAAGAGCCAUGGGGUGAGAAAUUGGAUAGUUUUCAGCGGCUUCUGUUCUUGCUAUGCCUCCGACCAGAUAAGGUGACGAACGCCAUGCAAGACUUUGUUGCUCAUCAUCUUGGCCAGCAGUUUAUCGAACCCCAGACCACAAAUUUGAAGGAAAUAUUUGCUGAGAGUUCACCUACCACUCCUAUUAUUUUCAUUCUCUCACAGGGUACCGAUCCGGCGUCAGAUCUCUACAAGUUUGCUGAGGAGAUGAACUUUGGUGGAAAGAAGCUCUCAGCUAUUUCUCUAGGUCAGGGCCAAGGACCCAGAGCUGAAGAAAUGAUGCGAACAGCUAUGGAGCGUGGAAUGUGGGUAUUUUUCCAGAACUGUCAUCUGGCUCCAUCAUGGAUGCCUUCGCUGGAAAGACUUGUUGAACAAAUUGACAAAAGUCGUGUCCACAAGGACUUCCGUCUUUGGCUUACUAGUAUGCCCAGUCCAAGCUUCCCCAUUUUUAUUUUACAAAACGGAUCAAAGUUGACUAUUGAACCACCGAGGGGCAUUAAAGCUAAUCUCCUGAGGACCUACUUGUCUAUUAGUGAUAAACAGUUGGAAAGCGUUCCGAAUAAGAACGCUAAUUUCAAGUCACUUCUCCUUGCGCUUUCCUUCUUCCACGCAAUUUGCAUUGAAAGAAGGAAGUUCGGUCCUUUGGGCUUCAAUAUUCCCUAUGAAUUCACUACAGGAGAUUUCAAAAUAUGCAUGGACCAGUUGGCUAUGUUCCUAAAUGAAUAUGCUGAAAUACCCUACAAGAUCCUUCAAUAUACAGCCGGUGAGAUCAAUUAUGGUGGACGUGUGACUGAUGAUUGGGAUCGAAGGUGCUUGAAGAGCAUUUUGUCAGAUUUUUACAAUGCCAAAUCUCUUGAUGCUAAUCAUACCUACUCUGAAUCGGGAAUUCUCAAACAAAUAAGUAGUGACUCGGAUCGCAAGGUAUGA